AUGGGGAAGAAGAGAUCCAAGAAGCCCCGCGAGAAGGACCGCCACACGCCAAAAUCCCACCCCUCCUCCACUCCCACCCGCAAGCGCAAGCGCCGGAAACCCCGUGACCCAGCCCCCGGCUCGGACUCCGGCUCCGACUGCUCGCCCCCAUCCUCGCCGUCCCCCACCGCGCGCCGCCUUCUGGAUCCCUACCCCAAGCCCCGCCUCGCCGCGCUCCUCGCGUCCGCCGCCUCCGCCGACCCCGCGCUGCUGGCCCGCAUCCGCGCCGCCGCCGACGCGUCCCUCUCCCACCGCAGGGUCUUCGUCCACGGCCUUCCCCCGCGCGCCGACGGGCCCGCCCUCGAAGCCGCCUUCUCCGCGUUCGGGCCCCUCGCCGACUGCCACGUCGUCGCGGCUGGCCGCUGCAAGGGCUACGGCUUCCUCACGUUCAAAUCCCACGCCGCCGCUCGCCGCGCCGUCCGCGCCCCGUGCGUAUGUGUCGCUGGAUUCCCAGUCUCCGCGCAGUUCGCCUCUGCCGGCCCGGACCGUUCCGGCGCCUCCGCCGUUGGGAGGAGGGUGUACGUGGCCAACGUCGGGCCGGACGCGAGCGUGGAGAGGCUGCGCACGUUCUUCGCGGGGUUCGGGGAGCUCGAGGGCGGGCCGUUCGGGCUCGACGUGGACGGCGAGGCCGAGACGGGGAGGCCGCGCUCCCAACGGUACUCGCUGUUCGUGUACCGUGAGGCGGAGGGCGCCCGGAAGGCGGUGGAGCAGCCGUACCGCGUCUUCGAGGGCCGCACCCUGCGCUGCCAGCUCGCCGCCGACGUCGGCCUCACGGCGUGGAAGAAGAAGAACGAGGACACGAACAAUGAGCCGCCUGUGCCGGCGCCACCGUCUUAUGCGGCGCUUCGCCCGGUUCUCGACGCCGUCGUGGCCGCAACCGGCGCAGGGGACCUCGCGAUGUGCGCGCGGAACCCCGCCCAGGCCGCGGCGUUGCUGGGGCAGAACCCGGUUCUCGCCGCCGCUGCGCUGAGCUCUGUAUUGGCGUCUGCUGGAAUCGUGCCGACUCCGGCAACGGCAACGGCAACGGCAACGGCUGGAACGCAGAGCCCGGCAGCUGUUGCUGGCCUCAGUCCUGUAUCUUCCCUCGAGGUGGCGCCACUGCCGGUAAAGCCUUGUGCUGGACCAAGUGGUGGUGCAGGGCUGCUUGGGCCGUACAAGCCGCCAUCUUCUUCACCUGUCCUCCUCCGGGAGGAAAUGGGCAAUGCUGGGCGUAGUCACCUGAUGAAGUUCUCGGAUGAUAACGCGAAAUUGUAG